ACACUUAGUUAUUUCUAACGAUCUUUGUCUAUACAAACAUUCAUAAUCUCUCUCGAAAAAUGAAGCUCUCUUUGCGUUUUCUCUCAGUCCUUCUCCUCAUUUCUUUCAUGGUUCUUGCUACCACUGCAGAGGUGAGUCCGGUGGAUAACAAAAUAUGUAAGACACGGAGUGAUCGUUUCUCAGGGGUGUGCUUGAGCACUAACAAUUGUGCUAUCAUCUGCCAACAAUUCGAGCACUUUGAUGGCGGUCAUUGCGAAUUCGACGGAGCCCUCCGUCGUUGUAUGUGCACCAAACAAUGUAAUAAUUAAGAUCAUCAUGAUGAUUCAAUAUUCUCUAUUCCAUCAUUUGUUUCUAGAUAAAUAAUAAAGGACACACUUUGUU